CUUGGGGAUGUCGAGCAUUUUAUUACCGAAGUAAAGGCGCUCUAUUUCAGAACUCCAUGAUUGACAGUGAUACUGAUGAAUUUUCACAACAUGUGUCGUGUACAAUUGUACCUUAUGUAGAACAACAACCUGUAGCUGGCAUUGAAGUUUACUUUCUGAGACAAUUGGCUAAUCCUUUUCGUGUUGCCUGGACUCUUAUCAAGUUAGGCUAUGAACCAUUGGCACCAGUUCAGUUCAGUUCACCUCUUGCUCUAUUUGGUUUAUCAUCUCCAAUUUAUGUUUAUCCGAAUUUCUUCAAGUAUACCUAUCAUUUAAUGAAAACAAUAGGUGUUUGGAAUGUGCUGUCAACAGGAUUGUUUGCAAAUGCUACACAUGAUUUUAUUGUGGAAAUAUUUCGUGCAGCGUUUAGACGAAGAACAAAUAUAUGGAUGCGAACAGAAAAUAAUUUUUACAAUAAAAAACAGAUCCUCAUUCAUACUACUCCUAAUCAACAAACCAAUAAAGAAUUUCAGGCUGAACGACUUUUGGAAGAGUCAAAACUCUCAGUUUUCUUCGAAAGAUUUACUGAAAUAUUAUCACUGAAACUUUGGGAAGUUUUAAUCAGUCAUCCAUUUUAUGUGAUUACUGUUCGACAGAUUGCAGCUUUAAUUGGCAAAGAAACUCAGUAUACAUUUUUUCCUAUGGCUGUUCGAGCUGUUUACCGUGAAAAUGGUAUUUUAGGAUUUUUCCAGGGUUUUAUACCACGUUUAAUUGGUGAAAUGAUUUUAACAUCAGCUUAUUAUUGUUCUUGUCGUUUGGUCAGAUUAUUGAUAUUUGGAUUAGGUAGAAGAUCUACUGAAAAUAUGAACAUUUUACGUGUAUUAUUAUAUUAUACAUUACAUAAUUAUACUUAUCCAUUUGAAUUAACUGGUUGUGUUAUGGCUGUACAUGGUGCAAAUUUAAUUGGUGCUACUGAAUCGAAUUCUUUUCAUAAUUGGUAUGAAUGUCAACGUUAUCUUAGUCAAAAUCAACAACUAAUUCGUGGUUGGCGUCCAUUUCUACGAAGUCAUGUUCAACAAAUUCAUUUACCAAAAUUAAAAAGCUAAUUUAAUGAAUUUGUAUAUGAUUACAUAAAUAAUUUAUUGUAAAAAAAACAAACAAACAUCUUGUAUAGAUGUUUCAUCAUAUUAUUGUACUUCAUUCUUCUAGUCAAUAUGUUUCAUGUAAUUUUGUAUAGUUUCCAUAUACAUUAGAAAAAUUGAAUAAAGCUUGUAGCUGUGAUUGAAAUGAAAUUUUAUGCUCAUCCACUCCUUCACUUUUCCCCGCACUCCUCCCCUCCCGAUUAUCUUUACGUUCUUUUAUUUUUGUAAACAAUAAUGGUAGUGGUACUUUGAAUCAAGUUAUGUCGUCGUCGUCAAGAUUUCAGCAGAACUUCAACAUUGAAUACCUAGAAGUUAGUAAAUGUUUCAAAUAAUUUGAUUGAUUUCAAUUUAAAUAAUUCUAAUGUUUUUUUAUCCUGGUAAAACUGAUUUUCAUUUCUUCAAAAGGAAAUGAUCAAUAUCAAUAUGAUCAAAGAAAUAAAUAUAGAAAUCAUAAAAUUUAGAUAAUGGAGAAGAAUUUGUAGUUUAGGCGGAUGAUUUUGAUGGAGUUUUGUUGUCCGAGUUUGGUGGUUAUGUCAUGAUGCUUUCAUUGUGUCUUCUUUUCUUCUGAACAACAGCAUCAGCCAAAAAUUCAGGUAGAAGUGAAGUGUUCGAAUCUCUUCACAUAUGACUCAGCUUGUCUUGUAGACCUUGAUCUUGAUUGGUUACUGUUGACUUUUAACCUGUUAUUGAGUUGGAGAUGUUAGAUCAUUUUUGUAAUUCUAUUUUAAAAAUUUGGAUUUCUUGUUUUCGCACCAAAAACGUUCACUUUCCCCUUCAUGUUUUAUUUCUUACCUGAGAGGAUCUUAAACACUAUUGGUUCGUUGUAUGUUUUAGUAUGUUAUUUUUUAACGCUUCCUAAGGACAUUUUUAUGCUGUAUAUAUACUCUUGAUUUGUGCUUGUUGUUGUUGUUUGUGCUUCUGACUCCUUGUGGAAUAUAUUUCCCUCUUCUGAACUUGGACUUCUCUCUCUAGUUAGCAGGGCUGGUACGCGUCAGAAUAGCUAGCUUAUUGAUGAUUGUGUUACAGGGUCUUCGUUCCGUUCUCAGAUUAGGUGAACUCGUAAUCUCUUCAAAUAUAGCACAUUGUUUACUUUAUUUUGAUUAUAUCUCCCAUUCAUUUGGUUCUCGGUCCUAUAUCUGUCCGUAGUUUUUCUGAUUGGUUGAUAAAUUGAAUCGAUUUCAAUAUGUCUGUUGAUUGAUCUGAGUGCCAAGACUUCAUCAAAUGUAAUAAAAUUACAAUUAAAGCUUAUCUAGUAAAACUUCACAUUUGUUUAUAAUAGGUUAAUGAAACCAACUGAUAUAGUAAUUGUUUAUCCAUGUUAUAGAUGUCAGUAAGUCUCUCUCUGUGUGUGUAUCUGCAGACUGUUGUUAUUAGAGAACAAUAAGUAAUUAUUAUCAUUAUCUUUAUUUAUGAUCUGAAAGUAUAUUUGAGUAAUAUAAAUCAGUUGAAUUGAAAUUCAAUUCAAUGAAUGAAAAUGAUCAAUAAAUCAUAUAUAUAUAUAUGAAGAUUCAAUUAUUGUUGAUAUUCCUUUUUCUAAUUGAUGGAUGCCUACAAUCUUUGUAUUGACUUGUUAAUCAAUAGUUAAUAUGAUAAUAACUAAUUAUUGUAAUAGUUAAGAUUAUGAGUCAAUUGAAGUUAUACCAUCAUAGAAAACCUGGGAGCAUUGGAUGGCUUUAUCGUCUUAUUGUGGGACGACUCUUCAACAGUGCGCAUCUACGAUCCCGCCUCAUGUUACGAUUUGAUCAAUAUCAUUGAACAAAUGUUUAGUGUUAAGUGGCAUGAACAAAUGCAGAUAAAGACAGCCAGUGUAGCAGCAGUCUCUGCAUCAGUAGGCCUCAGCAUACACAAGGAGAAAACCAAGGUCCUCAAAUUCAAAACGAAGAACAGCAAUCCAAUCGCUCUUGAUGGCGAGACUCUGGAAGAUGUAAAAUCCUUCACAUACCUGGGAAUUAUCAUCAAUGAACAAGAAGGCUCAGAUGCAGACGUAAAGGUGAAGAUAUGAAAAGAAAAGGUAGCAUUCCUACAAUUGAAGAACGUAUGGAACUCAAAACAACUGUCUAUCAACCAAUAUCCAAGUCAGAAUCUUCAAUACGAACGUAAAGGAAGUUCUACUGUACUGAGCUGAAACUUGGAGAACUACUACAAUCACCAUCAAUAAAAUACAAGUAUUUAUAAAUAGCUGUCUUCGGAAGAUACUCAACAUCCGUUGACCGGAUACCAUCAGCAACAGCCUUUUGUGGGAGAGAACAAACCAGCUUCCAGUUGAAGAAGAAAUUAGAAAAAGACGAUGGAAAUGGAUAUCACAUACAUUACCCAAAUCAUCAAACUAUAUCAUAAGGCAAUCCUUAACUUGGAAUCCUGAAGGGAAGCGGAAAAGAGGAAGGCCAAAGAACACAUUACGUCGGGAAAUAGAAGCAAAUAUGAAAAGGAUGAAUAAGAACUGGAAAGAUCUGGGAAAGAUUGUUUAGGACAGGGUUGGAUGAAGAAUGCUGGUGGUCGGCCUAUGACCCUCGACGAGUGGUAACAGGCGUAAGUAAUUUUUGUGUCUAGAUAAGAAUAGUGGGUGGUGAUUUUUUCGGGAUCUAUUUAUGGAUUAAUACUGUGCGUAUAUUUUUACCGUAUAAUUGUCAAUUAACUAAACUAUCCAUAUUCAUGUCCCUCUUAUCAUAAGCUUUAUUUUAACUGAUGAACUGUUAUUAUCCGAUUUUCCAUUCUUGAAUUAUUCCCUGUCUAUUAAUCACUAUCUCCCACAUUCGCGGCCUUAUUUGGCUAAAUCUUGUACAAAUGUUAUUUUCUAUUUUAUGCUACGAUGUGGUCUGUUUGGUUGGUAUAUAAACCGAGUAUGUUUGAAAUAAAUGAUUCAUAUUUC